AUGGGAUGGAAUGACGUACAUUGGCACAACCCUGAUAUCGCAAUGCCCAACUUGAUGGAUCUCGCCGCAGAUGGCGUCAUCUUCAACCAAUCAUACACCCAUCCAACAUGCACACCAUCAAGAGCUGCUAUGAUGACAGGAUUGUAUCCUUUCAAAACAGGAAAUCAGCAUCAAAUGGUGUUCAACCUUCAUCCUAGCGGGGUUCCAUUGAAUUUCAAGCUUUUACCUGAAAAACUUAAAGAAGUUGGAUACGCUACUCAUAUGGUUGGAAAAUGGCAUUUAGGGUUCUGUAAGGACGAGUAUCUACCAACCAAUCGUGGUUUUGACUCUCACUAUGGUCUAUGGACAUUGGGUGUCGGUGAUUACGAUAAAUUGAAUGGAGUGCUAUCUCCUUCUGCAGGAUAUGAUUUCCGUGAUAACAUGGGAGUAGUACCAAAAAGUGACGGUUAUCUUGCAUUGAUGCUUGGUGACAGAGCAGAGCAUAUCGUAAAUACCCAUUACCCAGGAACUCCACUCUUUCUUACGUUUACUCUGGACAUCCCUGCUAAACAUCUGGAGAUUCCAGAAGAGUAUGAAGAGGCUUAUGCAGAUAUCGAAGAUGAUAGAACAAGGCAGUUUUAUGGUAUGUGCUGUAAUUCUGUACAAGCAUAG